UCCUAACCAAUGCAACUUAUCCUAUUUUGGCGGCUGUGCGGAAAAGAUGGCGGAAAUUUUGAAAGGUUGCAGUGUGCCCUGUAAGAUGUCCAGGGAUGAGCUGGAAGCCCUGUGCCGUAUGAAGAAACUCCAGUGCAGAGAGCUGGGAGUGAGCAGGGCCAACGUCAAUGAGUAUGAGGUGGAGUUCCUGUGUGACUACAAGAAGACUAAGGUUGAGGAGUUGUACUUAGUGAAAUGGAAGGGCUUCCCAGAAUCGGAUAACACUUGGGAACCCAAGAGAAACCUAAAAUGUCCCAAACUGAUUAAGCAGUUCCAUCUGGACUUGGAUCAGGAGCUGAGGCGCCACAAGAGACGCUACAUGCCAAAAAAGCUUGAUAAAGAAGUUUCCUCAUUUCUGGUCCAAAAGGCCAAACUCCGUCAGAGUCUGCAGCGCUGGGAGGACCAUUUGAAUCAGACUCGCAAUCAUCCAGGUCGCAUUUUUGUCAUGAACGAAGUGGACCUAGAGGGUCCUCCAAAAAACUUUACCUACAUCAACAACUAUAAAGUAGGUCAGGGCAUUGUGUUAGAUGAGAUGGCUGUAGGUUGUGAGUGUAAAAACUGUUUAGAGGAGCCAAUGAAUGGCUGUUGCCCUGGCGCUUCUCUCCAACGCAUGGCCUACAACGACAGGGGACAGGUCCGGAUCCGGCCCGGACAGCCCAUAUACGAGUGUAACUCCCAGUGCAGCUGUGGGCCUGACUGUCCCAACAGAGUUGUGCAAAAAGGAAUCCAGUUCGAUUUGUGCAUCUUUAAGACAGAGAACGGCCGGGGAUGGGGAGUCCGCACGCUGCAACAUAUUAAGAAGAACACAUUUGUCAUGGAGUACAUCGGAGAGAUUAUCACAACAGAUGAAGCAGAGAGAAGGGGGCAUGUAUAUGACUGCCAAGGCUCCACAUACCUCUUUGACCUGGACUACGUGGAGGAUGUGUACACAGUGGAUGCAGCUCACCUAGGAAACAUUUCUCACUUUGUCAACCACAGUUGUAACCCUAACCUGCAGGUAUACAACGUGUUUAUCGACAACAUUGAUGAGAGGCUUCCAAGAAUCGCGUUAUUUUCAACGCGCGCCAUCCGAGCAGGAGAGGAGCUCACCUUCGACUACAAGAUGCAAAUUGAUCCAGUUGACACAGAAAGCACCAAAAUGGAUUCCAGUUUCAGUCUAGCUGGGCUUCCUAGCUCUCCAAAGAAGAGGAUUCGAGUGGAGUGUCGGUGUGGAUCAGACUCGUGUCGAAAAUAUCUGUUCUGAAGGACUGUGGGAGACACAACACCUAUACCUGUGUAAAGAUUUGGAAAACUGUACAGAUUUUUAUGUUUUUAAUGUUUAUCUUUUAUGAAAGACUAAAUUCCAACUCCACUUUGUGAACACGGCAAACUCUUAAGAUGGAAACCACGGUCUAGUUUUGUGUGUGUGUGUGUGUGUGUGUGUGUGUGUGUGUGCGCGUGUGUGCAUGCGCACUUAAUUACAAAGAGGUCAUUUUGUUUCCUGUCCUCCUGUAACUGCGUGGUAGGUUAAACAGCUGGGCCGUCCCACAGAGUGCAGUGCGUGAGUCCUCUCUGGUGUUCCUGUGACUGCAGCAGGUUUAUUGCAGCCACAUCACUCAAAAGAAGCGUGAUGGGUAGAAAGCCGAGCAGGCAGGCACUCCAGUGUUUUUCAAUCUGGAUCUUUGUUGGUUGAAGUGAUUUAUAGGGACAGAUGUUGGGGUGAUCACUGCAGUGUAAUCCCGCCAGGCUGACAGGCUCACACUCAGUUCUCAGUGUCUUUAUCCUUCCAUGCUUUUGUGUGCUGAUGGCAGGUAAUCAUAACAACAUUAUUCCACUCAGUGUGCGGCAGGCAGUGCCCGUCUGCAGCAGCAUUUUCUGCCCAGGAAGUACUGCUUUGAGUGAUGUGAGUGCGAUAUUAGAACCAAGGUGCAGUAUAUGUGGUUGCAACUUGGAACAAACGCGGCUCUGAUGUUGUUUCAGCACCAGCCGGCAGUUUCACCACACUAACACUGAGCUCAGUUUGUCAUCCGUCUGUGUACAUAGUUUUGUUGGGCACGCAGUUAUGAAGGGUUUUCAAACUCGGACCGGGCUGAAACAACGACAUUGAGCUGGAAAGCUCAGGUUGGUUUGGUUGUACUGCAGGUGGCAGGCCCUUCUCCUCUGCCAGGUCCCUCACACUGUCUUUUAGUGUGUAUUUAGCUUAUUUUAGUUGCGGCUGAGUCAUAGGUGCAAAGUGGUAUAAAGGCCCAAUCUUAAUUGGCCUUGCCCUGCUUUGCACUGCUGCUGAGUUAGUGUGGAGGACCAACACCGGAAGCCUGUGCUGGUCCUCCACACUCUGCUACGUGGCCAGCAUGGAGUAGUGCUCAGCUGGUGGGUGGGGUCAGAAAGAGAAGUGCAAUUGGCUCAUGCUGUCAGUUUGCUGAAAUAAACAGAUUCAUGCAGUGUGUCGUCACACUGCCAAAUCAAAGUGUGGCUCUUCUGAAUGUGUAGACUAGAAGAUGUGGCGCUGCUCUGCCUGCACCAACUCUCAACCCUCUCAAUGAGAGGAACAGAGGGCACUUCGUGCUUCUCUGAUCCUUUGAUCAGACAAAAUAACACAAGUUUGUAAAGAUGACUGUUGUAUUCUGUGUAACAGUCUCACCACUACAGAGUAAGCUUAGACCUGCAGGGAGGGGCCGAGCCUCCAGCAGUCUGAGCACACAUGCAGGAGCUCCAUGCUUCUUUUCACUAACAGCUGCACAGGUGGAUGAAUGUCUCAUUUUUGGAUAUGAUCUAUUAUUAUGCCUGGUUAUUUUUUAAGGUAUCUUUGUAUCAAUUCACAUAUGUCAAAAAAACCCAUACCUUUCUACUCUUCCUGCCAAAGAAGUGGAUUCUGUGAAGCCGGCGUAUGGACUCAGACUUUACUGCAGAUACAUGAGAACGUUUGUGAACGGCUCCUCUGGGAAGCCCGGCCCAUUGUAGUGACUUUUGUCCCUCUCCUGUAUUUUUAUUUUUAUGGUCAGUAGCUGAUUAUUUUGCAGUUUGAAUAUUUAAGUUUUAGUAAUCAGUAGAUGUUUUAAUCAAUGUGACUUUCUGAUAGGUGGAGAACAAAAACUGUGCAAAUAAAUGCUUCCUUUCUA